GUAUUUGUUCACACGACGAACGCAUUAUUAAAGACCUCAUAACUCAUUGAUGUAAUAAUAAUUGCGUAAUUCUAAUGAUUUCUUCGAAUUUUUCUUCCUCAAUAUCCUGAUUAAAAAAAGGAAUUUCAAGUUGGAAACUAACAGUUCUGGUUUUAUUUUAUUUAAAAAACUAGAAUAUUUUGAUGGAUUCUUUUUAGAAAAUUGUUUUUUAUGGCUCUGAGUUCAGCAAAGCUCUUCCUUUUCAGUCCUUUACACGAUAUUGUGUUAACUUAGGGUUUACAGACAAGGGAAGGCCAGUGUGGCAGAGGAAGAGCUCGAUGGCAGAGCUAGACAACGAGGAGCUCCGGCGAUUGAAGGAUGUUAACAUGGACGAAGCUCCGGCUCGCCGUCAUGUUCGUGAUUGCUUUAAAGAUAUUCAGCAUAAUCUCGAUCAUAUCCUCAUCAAGACUCCAGGAGAUGGAAUUAAGACAAAGGAGUCUUAUGAGGUGAAUUCAAGAGGAGUUGAGAUCUUCUCAAAAAGCUGGCUUCCUGAAGCUUCUAGGCCCAGAGCUCUUGUUUGUUUCUGCCAUGGUUAUGGAGAUACUUGCACGUUUUUCUUCGAAGGGAUUGCAAGGAGAUUGGCAUUGUCGGGAUAUGGAGUUUUCGCUAUGGAUUAUCCAGGGUUUGGCUUAUCGGAAGGCUUGCACGGCUAUAUUUCUAGCUUUGAUCUUCUUGUUGAAGAUGUCAUUGAGCAUUUCUCCAACAUCAAAGAGAAUUCUGAGUUUAGUUCUCUACCUAGCUUUCUGUUUGGGCAGUCAAUGGGUGGAGCAGUGUCGCUCAAAAUACAUUUUAAACAACCAAAUGCUUGGACCGGUGCAUUCUUGGUAGCACCCAUGUGCAAAAUUGCAGAGGAUAUGGUGCCACCACCUGUAUUGAAACAUAUUUUGAUCGGUUUAUCUAGUGUUCUACCGAAACACAAGCUGGUUCCCCAAAAGGACUUAACUGAUGCAGCUUUUAGAGAUGUCACUAAGAGAAAAUUGGCACCAUACAACGUCAUUUGUUAUUGCGACAAGCCGCGUCUACGGACUGCUGUAGAAAUGCUUCGAACAACUCAGGAGAUUGAGCAACAGUUGCACAAGGUGUGUUUGCCAAUACUGAUUCUACACGGAGAGGCUGAUAGAAUGACAGACCCAUCAGUGAGCAGAGAGCUUUACGAGAAAGCCAAAAGUUCAGACAAGAAGAUAGUUCUGUAUAAAGAUGCUUUUCAUUCUCUGCUGGAAGGCGAACCAGACGAAGUAAUCCUCCGUGUCUUGUCCGAUAUUAUCUCCUGGCUUGACGACCAUAGCUUUCAAGUUGAAGGAUCAUAAAGUUACUUUUUGUUUAGUUACAGAAAAGUAUUUUCAUUGUAUUAACAGUAAUAAAAAGGUCAUUAUUUGCAAUACUGAAUAAUUUAACUUUGCAUAAA